GUCCUUCCAUUGGAGGAAGCAGCGCAGUACUGGGCCCUGCUCCUACCCAACUGGUCCCUCCGAGAGGACUUCUGCGAUUGGGCCGCCAAGAACAUGAAGGGGAGAGCUAUUCCCCGGGAUUUGUGGAUGAUGGUCCUAAAGCUGGCGACCGAAGUCCCAGCGGAUCUAUCCACCUACGACGAGAACCCGGCGUGGCCUGUGGUACUGGACGAUUUUGUGGAGUAUUAUCGCGCCCAAAAGGGACUCUGA